AUGUCAAAACCAUCUUUCCAGGAACAACUAGCUAUCAAGCCAUUAGUUCUAGAUGGUGCCCUUGGUACUCAAUUAGAACAAAAAUUCAAGGACCAACUCAUUGAUGAGGAUUUAAAUAUUCAACAUCACCCUCUUUGGUCAGCAUUAAUUCUUUUGAAAAAACCACAGUUGAUUCAAGAAAUUCAUUAUGAUUAUUUGAACAGUGGUGCUGAUAUUAUCACAACUGCUACAUACCAAGCUUCUACGCUUGGUUUGCAAAAACAUGCGUCUUUAUCUACUGAGGAAAUUAGAAAGUGUUACGAAAAGGCUGUUGAUGUUGGUGAAUCGGCACAGAAAACUUUUGCUACACAAAACGUCGCUCCUCGCCCCACAUAUAUCUGUGGAUCUGUAGGACCUUAUGGUGGGUUUUUAGCUAAUGGGGCAGAAUAUACGGGCGAAUACAACCUUGGUGAUUCUCCUAUAGAUGACUUAAAAGAAUUCCAUAGGGGCAUUGUUGAAUAUUUUUUAAAUGAUCCAAGAGUGGAUUUAUUGGCAUUUGAAACAAUUCCAAAUUUUAAUGAGGCAAUUGCAAUUUUAAAGCUUAUGACGGAUUUAUUUUCAUCUGGUUACAAACCAAAACCAUUCUAUCUCUCAUUCAAUUUUAAAGAUAAAGAACAUAUAUGUGACGGCACUACUGUUGUGCAAGUGGUCGACUCCAUCCAAUCAUACCUAGAUGAUCACAAGAUAAUAAAGGAUAAUCUCGUUGCAUAUGGUGCAAAUUGUAUUCAAUUCGAUCAGUCAAGAGAUAUCAUUGCAAGUAUCAACAACUGCAAUACAUCCUAUCCAUUGGUGGUAUAUCCCAAUGCAGGCUUAGAAUAUGACUUGAAAACUUCGCUGUACGUCACCACUGGGGUACAAAGAGAUGCGUGGAAGGCUAACUGUACUCAAUGGAUAAAAACAAACAAUGUUAAAAUUAUGGGGGGAUGUUGUGGUACUGGGCCAAGUGAAAUUACCGCAAUACGUGAGUGUAUAGAUUCGAUUUACAGUAAUUGA